AUGCACGGACCGGAUGGGGCACCCGCCUCCUCUGAGUCACCUGUGCCUGCACAGCACGCCCUAGCCGCGAGGGGGCGACGGCAGCGAGGGCGGCGCGCGCGAGGCGGGGGAUUCAAGCGCGUUAUAAGGCGCCGACCGGACCAGCCUCUCGCUGCUAGCGCCGCCGCCGCCGCCCGCAUGGCCUCGACCCGCAGCCCCGUCGGAGCGUGCCUUUUGCUCGCCUGCGCCAGCCUUCUAGCCGCCCUGGGCCUCGGUGUCCCGGAGUCUGCCGCGCCCGUGGGGAACCGUGCACGCCCGCAACCCCCCGGGCCCGAGCUGCUCUCCCCGCCUGCCGACAGCCCGCCGGAUCGCCGCCACCUGAACUGCCGGGGAGGGGGGACGGGGCGAGGCGGGGUGGGGACGGACGAAGAGGCUGGAGAGGGUGUGGCCAGAGGCCUGGGGAGGGCGGAUUGGCAACCCUCACUGGAGCAGCUGGCAGCCCUGCACGGAACCCAGAGUGCUCGAGACCCAUUGACGUCUUAUGUGCCAAAGGCCUCUGCCAGGAAACAAGGCUCCUCUCAGAUGACCAUCAAGGGUGGUGAGAUUGUCCUCAAGGAAGAACAGGAAGAUGUGUUCCAGAGCACAGGCUGGAGGCUCAUCGUUGUCCCCCACCCCUACCCCGCCCUACACCGCCCCCUAGAGCCCACUGAUGCUCAGGCACACAGUGUGGAUCCCCGGGAUGCCUGGAUGCUCUUUGUCAGGCAGAGCGACAAGGGCAUCAACAGUAAGAGGAGGAACAGGACCAAGGCCAGGCGACUGAAGCUUGGCCUUCCAGGACCCCCAGGGCCACCAGGUCCUCAGGGGCCCCCAGGCCCCUUCAUUCCAUCUGAGGUUCUGUUGAAGGAGUUCCAGCUGUUGCUGAAAGGCGCAGUGCAGCAGCGGGAGAGCACCGAGCCUGAGCACUGUACCAACGAUCUCACCACACCAGCCUCAGACAUCCCCUCCCGGGUCCCAGCUGCCCAGGAGAGUGACAACAACCCGGACCCAGGGGCUGUGUUGGCACUGCUGGCUGCCACCUUGACCCGCGGCCCGUGGGCGUCACGCGUGGAGGCCGCAUUCCACUGUCGCCUGCGCAGGGAUGUGCAGGUGGAGCGGCGGGCGCUGCAUGAGCUCGGGGUCUACUACUUGCCUGAUGUCGAGGGAGCCUUCCACCGGGGCCCAGGCUUGAACCUGACCAGUGGCCAGUACACUGCACCAGUGACUGGCCUCUACGCACUCGCUGCCACUCUCCACGUGGCACUCACAGAGCAGACGAGAAGGGGACCACCACGACCCCGGGACCGACUACGCCUACUGAUCUGCAUCCAGUCUCUUUGCCAGCAGAACGCCUCCCUGGAGACUGUCAUGGGGCUGGAGAACAGCAGCGAGCUCUCCACCAUCUCAGUAAACGGUGUCCUAUAUCUGCAGACAGGACACUACACCUCUGUCUUCUUGGACAAUGCCAGCGGCUCCUCCAUCACGGUACGCAGCGGCUCCCACUUCAGUGCUAUCCUCCUGGGCCUGUGAGUGGCUGCUGCGGGCUUGUAUCCUCACCAAGCAGAGUGGUCUGGUGUCUGUAAUGUCAAGUGACAGUGGUCCCGUGCAGGAGGAAGCCCAUUGGACGUCUGCACACGCUGGCAUUGCAAGGCCUCUUAGCGCAGGCACCCUAGGCAUUUCUGCGGAGGUGAUGGAAGCAGCCUUUCCCAGAACCAGCAGCAAUUGUGGAAUAUCACAAGCCCUGCUUGGUUCUUCUGGGACCAUCCAGCAUACUUGGUAGCACUUGCUAUAUCCCCAGCUGCAGAGCUGGCACCCCUGUGGCUCCAAACAGCCUCAAAUUCCUUCCUAAGGCCCAGCAUCCCAGCCAGGCCACUACCUGGGAUAGCUCAGCCUGCACAGGGCAGGACUAUUAUGAAACGACUGUAGGUCCUUGGUGCUCAAGAGGGGAGCCCAGGCUUUGUUGGACCACACAUUCUGUCUACCUGGGU